AUGACUGAUCGAUAUCGAGGGUAUCCUGCGGCUGGCCGGUCCGCCACCUUCAACAACCCGGCCCGGAUCUCUCUGCCCGCUGUAGGCGGAUAUGGAGCCUUGUAUGCCAACGACCCGGAUUACGUCGCUUCGCCCACGAGAUAUUCCGCAGCCACGCCCAGAGGCUACACAGCAGCUGCGCCUCCUGCAAGCGUGCCUCCGAGAUCGUACUCGACCGUCAACCCAGAGCCGCGGGCUCCCAGGCCGGGCCCUCGUGAGCCCAGCCGCAACCGGCGCUCUACCCUCGAUGCGUCCGCCAGGCCUCCCAUCAUCGUCACGACCAUGCAGGAUCACCGUCCGCACACUACGGGUCCGCACACUGCCGAUGUCCUUGCCGCCCACAGGGGAAGCCCCGUCCUCCAAGACACGUACCGGUCCAGCGACGGGAGGCUCUAUUCCCAGCCGGCGUCGUCCAUCAGAUCCCGGAGCACCGCCCGGCCAUACCACACCUCCUCUGCCAGCGACGACUUUGGCCGCUCCCGGGAGCAGGGAGAGAUCGUGCUGGCCAGUCGCGACGCCGAUGCCUAUCGCAACUCUCGGCCUCACGUUGUGUACCCGAGCAACUCUCGCCACAGCAACGCCGCUAUUGACUACGGCGAUGACGGGUACCAGUAUACAAACGCCGGCGAGCUGGUUCGAUAUGAUCUAGACCAUGGGGCCGCCCCCGCUCCGGCCCGAUCCCGCAGGCAUGACAGCUUUGACCGGGCAUAUUCCCGUCCCAACAUCAAUUAUAACGCGGAUCAGCGAAGCUUCAACGUCAACACGACGCUCGAUCCCACCCGAGCUAACCGGCCUUACGACAGUCGAGGUGGCCCUCCACCUUCGACCCGUGGGUUUGACAAGAUCGGCCGAGCAUAUGAAAACGUUCCCCCCGCUGCACCAGCUCCCCCCAACCCCAACGCAUCUGGGCCGCUGGACGUUGUUGGAGGAUCUGCAGAGCAGCGUACCAUCCGGCGUCCCAGACCUCUUUCGCUCACACAGGAGCCAGGUGCUCGUGGCUCUCAUCCUGAUGACUAUUACAGAGGCUACGAUGAUGAUGGCUAUGAACCCCGGCGCUUCUAUGACGACAGCGUCAACGCCCGAGGGUUCGGUCUACGGGUCCAGCCUGAUGAAAUCGAGGACCCCCGGGGCCGCUACUAUGAUCAGCGAGACGACCAUGAGAGGGAUGAUUCAGCCAGGAGAGACCAUUCUCGUAAGAGAAUAGAAGCUCCAGUCAAGGAAGGACAGCGGCCUCAUGGUGAAGAAGAUCGGGGAUCUGACCGCGAGAGGGAAGAUUGGUACCGAAAUAAAGAUAACCUCCGUGAGAGGCUAGAUGGCAGGAGAGACGCGGAUCAAGAAGACAGUGACCGAUCCCGCCGAGAGAAGGUCGCUGCCGCGGGUGCUGCUGCCGCAACUGCGACUGCAGCUGCAGCUGCCAGUGGCCUCUCAUCAAACGCCAAGAAAGAUGAGAUGCCAGAGCCAAGUUCACCACGCAGACGCCGUGCUUCUGAUGAGUCUGAAGAGCGAGAUGAGGACCGCGAGCGCCAAGCCGCAAAGUCAGAAGCUGAGGCCAGAGAUCGAAACAGGCGAUCGGCUGAGGCCAAGCUGAAUGGCGAUUCGGUAGCAGUUGUGUCCUCUGAUUCCGACGAGGGGAAGAAGAAGACGGCGCGCAGACAUCGUCCCUCUCACAGCUUUGAUCCCAACGACACUGGCGAUCUAAGGCAAAUCCGUGAGCAGCUCGCCGCUGUGAAGACGUCUGACAGCGAGAAGCCCGAAACCAAUGGCAAAGACCGGGCAUCUCCUCCGGCCAAAGAAGACCGUCGGUCCGAGUCACCACCUGCCGGGGAAGACAACCGUGGGCGCGACCUGGUUCUCCGCUCCCCAGAGGAAAAGCAAGUCCGCGUGGUAUCGCCGCCGCGCGAGAAGAAGGAGGAGAAUAAGCCCCUCAAGGGCAUUCUCAAGCAGCCAAGCGCCAAGUUUCCCGAGGAACUCAAUCCCAUCCGCGAGGGCGUGGCACCGCACAAGGAGGAUAAGAAGUUGAAAGAAGUCCCACCGGGCGCUCGAUGGACCAAGAUCAAUCGCAAGAUUGUCAACCCAGAGGCCCUUGAAAUUGGCAAGGAGAGAUAUGAGCUCCGUGAUGACUUUGUCAUUGUACUCCGAGUCCUUAGCAAGGAAGAGAUUCAGGCUUAUGCUGCUGCCACGCAAGUUUUGAGAGAGAGGCGACGGAACAAGGAGUCUGGUGGUGAUCAUGACAGCGACCGUGACCGAGACCGUGAAUCCCACGGUCGAGAUCACGAACGAGAGUAUGAUGACCGAGAUUAUGAUGGAGAGUACGGACGUGAGUACGAUCGCGAAUAUGACCGGGAGUACGAUCGAGAGUACGACGACGAUAGGGGACGUCGUGGAAGCCACCGUCACCGCCGUCACCGAGACGACCUCGAUGUGGUCGACCCUCGUGAGGCCGAUCGCGAACGUGACCGUGACCGUGAUCGUGACCGAGAGAGGCGGCGCCGACACAAGCGCGAUGACGAUGACGAGUAUGAGUCCAGAUCACGAGACGCAGACCACCACCAUCAUCACCGAUCCCACAGAGAGGCAUGA